ACGCCUGCUGCGACAUCUCAGCAGAGAAUGGCCUCGUCGGAUAUUCUAAAAGACAUCGCUGCGCUGCGGCAGCGGAUAUCCUCCUCUCCGAUCCCCGGCUCGCCGUCCUCGCCGUCCUCGCGCGCCCGGCAUCACCAUCACCAGCAGCACGCCUCCGAUCCGCCUGUCGUUCUCGACAUUGGCGCGCGCGAGAUCAGAGCCGGGAUCGCGGGUCAACCUGGCCCGGUGUGCGUUGUUCCGGUGGUGGAUGAUGUGGUUAGAGCGAGUAUGCGUCAGGGUGGGGACGGGGAAGUGGAUGUGGACGUCGCGCUGUGGCCGCUGGACGUGAGGUGUGCGGGGAGUGAAGAGCGGACGAGGGAUGUGCUGCAGGUGUUGCUGGCUCGGGUGUAUUACAACCACCUGCUGCUCGAUGGACGGAGUAGGAAGGUAGUUGUGCUGGAACGGCCACGGACGCCGAUCUGGAUCAAACGAGCGAUUGCGUUUGUGCUGUUCAAUUAUCUCCAGGCUGUCUCGGUCUCUUUCCUGUUGUCUCCCGUGUGCUCUGUUAUUGCUGCCGGAACGCACUCUGCGCUUGUCGUCGAUAUCGGAUGGCAUGAGACCACCGUGACUCCAAUUUAUGACUACAAACCUAUCCUUAUUGGUAUCCGUUCCUCCACCCGCUCUGCCUCGCAUCUGCAUUCUUUGGUCUCUGCUGCUCUGAAAGAAUACACCGGCACAGCACCCUCCUUCGACGAGGUAGAAGACUUCAUCGUCCGCGCCGCGUAUCUCCCUUCAGACCUUUCAUCUUCCUCCUCCUCCUCCUCCUCCUCAUCCUCAGCAUUUGCAAUCUCAAUCGGCACAACGCCGCACUACGUCCCAAGCAUCGACACCCGCUGCCUCCCCGUCCAAACCUGCUUCCUCACACCCUCCUCCCUCGACGACAUCGAACACCAACCCCUCCCCUCUCUCAUCGCAUCCAGCCUCAGCAAACUCCCCAUCGACGCCCGCGCUUCCCUACAGCAACGCAUCAUCUUCGUCGGCGGCGCGGCAGCAAUCCCAGGUCUCAAACCCGCGGUCUUGAAUCACCUCCGCGACCACUUUCCCGGCGCAAAGGGGAUAAAGUCCCUCGGCGCGUGGGCUGGCGCAAGUUUGUACCUUGCGUGCGAGCGCGAGCAGCAGAUGCUUGCUCGCGGGGCGGCUGGUGCUGCGGGUGGAAGAAGUAUUAGGAUACCGGGGGAGAUUGAGCGGGAUAGGUUUUUGUUGGAACGAGGGUAUGCCGAGAAUAUCUACGACUGGAGUCAUCCUAAUUCAUAA